GAUCAGCACAGGAGUGCAAUGGAGACCGACUGGUUCAUGUGUGCCUUCGACCAGAUGAUUGGGGGCUCCGACCCGACCCUCAGUGCAGUGGCUUUGUCUAUGACUCCGAAGCCGCAGGCCCACGCCGUCGGCGACACCCCGAAGCCGCAGAACGAGAAGCCCGGCCACGCACCCAAGCAGAAGGCCGAGAAGGAGAAGCCCGACAAGGCAUGCGAGCAGAAAGCCGAGAAGGAGAAGCCCGACAACGCACCCGAGCAGAAGACCGAGAAGGAGAAGCCCGACAAGGCACCCAAGCAAAUGGCCGAGAAGGAGAAGCCAAAGAAGGCACCCAAGCAAAUGGCCGAGAACGAGAAGCCCGACAACGCACCCAAGCAAAAGGAGAUCGUCCGGAAGGAGGGCGAUGUAUGGUGGUGCGAGGAUCUCGGCAGAGCCUGUCGCCAGUUGAAGAAGGGCAUCGACAUGUCGGGUCACCCGACAGUCAAGGAUGGCUCAGUGCUUGUGGUCUUCCAGGACGGGACCGAGUUCCUGCCGCCACUUAUCCCGGCCGAUGUGGAGGGGGGUAAGUUCGGUGCUUCGUUGCCGAAGAAGCCGGCAAAGGCGAAGGCGAAGCAGGCUUCGUCUACGAAGCCGGUCGAGGACUUUGUGCUGCCGACGAUCCGGGCGAAAUUCGCCAAACAAGGCAGCUCCCCGCCGAUUAUAAAUGUCGAGGCAAGGGCAGACCGGAACGACUUGAGCAGUGCAUGGCGACAGCGGUUCCAGAUCGUCAUCCGGGGGGAGAUGACGGCGAUCGAGGCCAUGAACAUAUGUGCUACGUUCUGCGACUGUUACGAGCACAUGAACAUGAACCAGGGGCAGCUCAAUUUUCGGGAGUGCCGCGACCUCUUGAUUGAGAUGGGCAGGAACGGGACGCACGACUUCACCAAGGGCAAGAUGGAUUGGGAACAGGUGGCCAAGCAAACCCACGAGGCUUUCCCGCCCAAGCCGACGAUCCUUUACCUACUUCAGGAUAUCCGGCGUACCGCACCCCCGAGAGCCCUGGCUCCUCACGAGAAGCAGUCCCUGGAGGAAGAGGAUGACGAUGAUGAGGAGCGACCCCGCUAA